AUGACCGGGCCGCCGUCCUCUUCCUACCCCAGCCAGGUCUCGCCGUCAGCCGUCGAGAUUUCGCCGGAAAACCGAAGAGAAAAGCUCGGUUUCGCCCGAAACUUCGCCGACUUCGUUCUCCGUCGUCCGGCCGCCAUUUUUGGCGAUCAAGGGGAGACUCUGCCGAAAUUUGGGCAGAAAGUCUCGUGCCCUAAAUCCUCUCUGGUAAAAGAGGACAUAGUUUUAAGGAGUGAACCCGGCGUGGGUGUGAUGCCGGGGUCUCCGCAGGGUUCGUCUCGGAUUCCGGGAAAUUCGGGGCGGGUCCUGUCAGCUUGGUAUCAGAGCUUAGGUUCAAUUUCUUAUGGACCCCGCACCUUGUGUGCAUCCUUAAGUUAUGGGAUCAUGAUGGGUUCCGUCACGGGACGUCAUCAUUUUGACACGGCGGACUCUUUGACAUGGAUGGAUUUAGGGUAUUGA